UGGAGGCUCGGCUUGGCGGCGCGCUGCGCUCCCCUGGCUCGAUCGAGUGCGCUGCUCUCCGCUGAGCUUGCCUAGGCUGACAAUGAAUGGCUGCUGCUAGUGCUGCUCGGAGGGCGAGGGGAGUAGAGCCCCUCCAUUGAGCGAGAUCUUCCCUCCCCCCUUCUCUUUGCACAGAGGCCCUGGAGAUCACACUAUCAAAAUUUGGCAACUAAGUAUCAAAUUGUGGAGAUGGAAAGAAAGAAGAACAGAAAACCAAAGAAAGAGUGUACUCAUCUGGGUGAGGAGGAGAAGAAGAGGAUGGCUCAGAUUCUCCAGAUGGAGAUCCCCAACUUUGGUAAUAGCAUCUUGGAAUGCCUGAAUGAGCAGCGGUUACAGGGGCUGUAUUGUGAUGUCUCGGUGGUGGUGAAAGGCCAUGCUUUCAAGGCACACCGGGCUGUACUGGCUGCGAGCAGCUGCUACUUCCGGGACCUUUUCAACAACAGCAAGAGCACGGUGGUGGAACUUCCUGCUGCUGUGCAACCUCAAUCCUUUCAGCAGAUCCUUAGUUUCUGCUACACUGGCCGCCUUAGCAUGAACGUGGGUGACCAGUUUCUGCUCAUGUACACAGCAGGGUUCCUGCAGAUCCAAGAGAUUAUGGAAAAGGGGACUGAGUUCUUCCUGAAGGUCAGCUCACCCAGCUGUGACUCACAAGGCUUGCACACUGAGGAGGCGCCUUCAUCUGAGCCACAGAGCCCUGUGGCACAGACAUCUACCUGGCCUUCUGGCAAUACGCCCUUACCCCUGGUCUCUCGUGUAAAGACAGAGCAACAGGACUCGGACUCUGUCCAAUGCACAUUUGUGGUUAAGCGGCUCUGGGAAAGCAGCCAGAAGGAAGGGGGUGGUGGUGGCAGUAAUGGCAGCCGCAAAAUGGCCAAGAUAUCCUCCCAGCAGGAGUUGAGCGGGGGGAGCCGGCAGGCUCAGCAGCAAGUGCAACAACAGCAACAGGCCCAGCAGCAGCAACAGGCCCAGCAGCAGCAGCAGCAACAGGCAGCACUAACGGGGGGAGGUGGAGGAGCAGGUGUGGUCAGUGGCCCCAGUACUACAGACCAAACAAGCCCUGGCACCUCCAGUGCCUACACCAGUGACAGCCCCAGUUCCUAUCAUAAUGAAGAAGAUGAAGAGGAAGAUGCACCUGAGGAAGGCUCUGAUGAACAGUACCGACAAAUCUGCAACAUGUACACAAUGUACAGCAUGAUGAAUGUAGGACAGACGGAGAAAGUAGAAGCACUGCCAGAUCAGGUGCAGUCGGAGUCUCGCAACCGGAUACGAGUGCGGCAGGACCUAGCUUCACUGCCUGCAGAGCUCAUCAACCAGAUAGGAAACCGAUGCCAUCCGAAGCUGUAUGACGAGGGUGACCCAGCUGAGAAACUGGAGCUUGUGAUAGGUACUAAUGUGUACAUCACUCGGGCACAGCUGAUGAAUUGCCAUGUUAGUGCUGGGACACGGCACAAAGUGCUUCUCAGGCGGCUACUAGCAUCCUUCUUUGACCGGAACACCCUUGCCAACAGUUGUGGCACUGGAAUCCGCUCCUCCACUAAUGACCCCAGCCGGAAACCCCUUGACAGCCGAGUGCUGCAUGCUGUGAAGUUUUAUUGCCAGAACUUUGCCCCGAACUUCAAGGAGAGUGAGAUGAAUGCAAUUGCUGCUGACAUGUGCACAAAUGCACGACGUGUUGUCCGUAAGAGCUGGAUCCCUAAACUGAAACUACUGAUGGCUGAAGGCGACACCUACACUACCUUCAUCAAUGACACUGGCAAAAUGGAGCCAGACAUUAUGGGCGUGGAACACAACUUUGAGACCAGCAGCCAUGACGGGGAUGCAGGCACCUCAGCCGAGGGCCUCCAGUGAAGUGUGCCCACCUCUUUUUCCAGGCGAUGCUUUUUAUUUCCUAAUUUGAUUUUUUUUUGUAGAAUCGUUUUCCACCUUUUCUCAUUUUCUUUUUGUUGUUGUUGGUUUGUUUUUUGUUUUGGCAGAGGGGAAAGAGAGCAUUGUGCUGUCUCCUUUUUUAAAACAAAGAUUCUUAAAUAUUGAUCUUAACUUCCUCAGGCACCACAGGUAGCUUGAGCUCAGAGGAAAGGCCCCGCCGCUGUUGCUCCUGCACUGGCAGUUCCGACCGGCAUUUCUCCUCUCCCACCCCCUUCUUUUGUUACUGUUUGGAUAGGGAUAUUUUAGUGGGAGGAAAAACAACCAAAUCCACUUGCAAAUACAGGCCAUGAUACAAGGAAGUAAUAUCCAGAGCACUGCCUGUUCCUACAUCAGAUGUGUGUUGUCUCCAGACUAGGGCUGUAACUUGACCCUUAGUAAGUCUUUCCAUUAUAGAGAAUGGGGAAAUGUUGGUGUUAAGACGAACACCAGCAGGAAAGGAACUGAUCCCAGCAUUCUUGGGCUGUCGCCUUUGCUCUUCUCAGUUCCAGUCCUGCCCCUUCCAUUUUUGCUUAGGUACAUUUAGGUCUUAGGCAGGGAGACAGCUCCUUUCCUCUCCUGCCAUUCUUGGUGUCCUCACAACAUAAGUAGACUUGCACGCAUGCACACUUAUGUCUGCUUUCAUGCCUCUGACCUAUGCACUUUCUCCAACUGUGGCACACACUGGUUUGUCCUGUAGUUUACACUACUCUAAUCUCCUGAAUUAAUAUAUCACGCAGGGCACUAUCCUUGUUGCCUUUUUAUUGGCACAGAGCUAGCACAGAAAACAAGAAAGAGCCCUCCCUAAACUUGAAGCUGAGAUUGGCAUUAUCCUCUAACAUAGUCUCCAUUUCUUCUAAGCCAGCUUCUUCUCUGAUACAUAUUUCUCCUCUCUAGAAAGAACACUAAGAAUGCAUACUGAGCCCACUUAGCUGGAAAUAAGUGUGAAUAGUGCUGCUGACUAAGCGUAAUGAGACCUUUUUCACAUACCUUGAUGGAACACAGAAUGUGUCUGCAAGUUACUCAGUUUCCAGCCAGUGUGCAAUAUUGGGCAUACAUCCAUGCAGUCUGUACGGCGACCAGAAGGGCAAUCUCUCUAGGGGUUAAUAGUAAAAGGCAAAUUUAUCUGUUGUCUAUCUCUGCUGUCAUAGCUGGAAAUGUUCUUAGAAUUUGCUUUUAAAAUAUUUUUUACUAAAGGAUUAUUCCCCUCCAGCACAUGCAUGUGGAUUAGGGAACAGAAUAGUAAUGCUGUGGAUUUAAGUACCAACCCUUUCUCCCACUUCAGGUGCUUUGCCAGAGGCAAACAUGGGGUUUACAAAGCAGAUUCUAAUGGAAGAGGCAAACCCAAGGAAGAAAGCAUCACUUCCUUAAUCCAAUCCAACCAGUGCUACAUGCUCCCCAGCAUGUGUGGAUGUUUCAGACCAAUCCCCAGCUCCAGACAGCUAAGAAGAAUCUUUACCAAAUGGUUGAAAGUCUCCCAAAAGUAACUAACCAUAAUAUGAAACCUUACCUUUUGUUUUUCCCCACUAAAGGCCAAUUUCAUAUUAAUGCAGCUCCUGAGUGAUGUUUGACCCAGAGUAAAGGACUUCUCAUUGGAUUUCAACUUGAGAUAGAAAGUAAAUAAGUGGGCAAAGCAGGAACCUUAGGAAAGCUUCUCUCCUGCCUUUUUAUAUUUCUGUUGGCAUGAUUAAGGCAAUAAGUCAUCAUCAUACUGAAAGAAUCUCUCUCUUCCUUGGAAAUCCUGAGAUACUGAACUAGCUAUUCUUGUUGGCAAUCAGACCCUUUAUUCCUCCCAGUAAGACAGGUGUUCCAAACAAUUCUUUGUACAUCUGUGUUACUUGUUGCCAGACACUCCCUAAGCCUUCCUUUGAGCCAAUUAAAACCAUUCUCUCCAAUUGGUAAAGGCAAGCGGGGGUAGGGGGGUGUUCAAUCUUUUUAAUAAAGGAACUUAAAGUUGGAAAUCCUUGUUCCUGAACUUCCAUGAAGACAAUUCCAGGGCAUGAAUAAUGUUACAUCUCUCUCUGAAAAAGAUUACAAAUGCUGGGGCACUUUAACUCCCACAAUCUAGGAUUCUUCCAAAUAAGUUGGGAUGACAGCGCCCAGGAUUCUAGUCUGCCCAGCAUUCUAAGUGUUAAAGUUCUAAUCUUUGGACAGAUGCCAGUUUGUGAAAGACACCAGUUUCACUGGUAUCUAAUUUCACAUGAAGGUAUUAACCAGUGUCAAUAAUGUCUCAUAUGAAUUUUUCUGUAAACUGAACCAAAACUGGCCUGGAAAAAGUUUUCCUUUUCCAAAGAAAGCUCAGCGGUUAUGACUGAGUCUCAAUAAUUACCUGUUUGUAAGGAGAAACAAGUAAGAUGUAAACUUUUUAUAAACAAUUAAACCACCUAACUCUACUGGUUGUAUUUCAGCGGGGGUUGCAAACUUUAGAUUCAACCAGUUUUAUCUAAGGGGAUGUACAUUUACUUUGCAUACAUACAUUUGUACAUAUGUGUGUAUGUUCUCUAUAUGGAAAGGGCUCAAAUUCAACCCAGUUGUCUGUCUGAAAGGUAUACACAUUCUGGCAGUUAGAUCCUGGUUGACAAGGAGAACCAGUUUUCAUAUCAUCAUCUAGCUCCAGAAAACCCCUUAGUACAGUUUUUGUAACUGGGGAGGAACACAUUUCUAAAUAAUUUUACAAAUAGAUACAAAUCUAGAUGAAUUUGUUGAUAUAUAUUCCACUCUCUAGAAAGAACACUAAGAACGCAUACUGAGCCCACUUAGCUGGGAAUAAGUGUGAAUAGUGCUGCUGACUGAGCAUAAUGAGACCUUUUUCACAUACCUUGAUGGAACACUCGCCCACUAUCUAUGUGAAUGUGAAUGUAUCAGUCUUGCCUGAGAAGUAAUGUGGGUGGAUUUCUCCCCCUUAAUAUACUUCAUGUGCAUGUCCUACUUUGCUCAGAAAAUAGUUGCUUUGUACUUCAAGACGUGUUGCUUAUUUUCUAUGGUCAGAAUAGGCAGUCUUGUUCGUUGCUGACUUCAGUAAGUUGAAGACAUUUUCUAACACUGGGGGGAGGCAAAGAGAAAGAUGAGUACUGUAUCUAAAGAGGUAUAAAGUAAUACUCAAUUUGCAGAAAGAUCAUUGAGAGAUUUUUGAGCUCAAGGAGCCAGGCCAGAUGCAGAGGACCUGGAUGAUUUGAGUGCUGGUUCAGGAGAUUGCAGUUGAUUUGACAUGUUUUCACAAAAGUGAUUGUCCCAGUUCAAAUGAGGUAAAUCUGCCUCAUUAAGCUAAGGUGGUAUUAUACUGAUUUCCUUCUUGCAUUUCCACUAAGGAAUCCUGAGAUUACAGUUUUGUGAAUUUUCAGAUAGUUCUGUUUUGUCUGUCUUUCUCAGAAUUAUAAUUCAGGUGCUGCUAUUUAUAGAACUCCGUGAUGAAGUGGGCAAACUUUGUAGUGUCCCAGUGCAUGCCCUGCCCAGUGAUUCUGUCAGCAUUGGCUUUACUGUGAAGAAAUGGCUCUUCCAAGAUCUUGAAACUUAACUAUUAACAUUAACACCAUUUCAUACUUCACUGUUUUCACUUUCUUCAAGGUCCUAUUUUCUCCUUCCCUACUAGUUUAUUUUUGCAGGAGAGGUUCAUUUAUUACACAGGCAGCAAUCUACCCAAUGUUUCUAUGGUAUUAUGGUCAGUUAUAUAACUAACCCCAUUCACUUCAUGUCUGAUUAGUAUUUUUCCUGAAGAAAUGGAAGAAACAGAAGUUAACUUUUUAAAAAUCAUAUACAUUUUCUAGAAACCAAAUAGGGGUACGUAUAUAGCUUAUUAUUUUAUUACACUGAAUAAUCUUUAAUCAUGUUCUAGUUGAGAAAAGAGUAGGUAAUGGAUAGUGUUUAAAAGGGAGAUAAAUGAUAUAAAAUUUUGUUGGUAUAUGAUGUGUGUGUGUGUGAGAGAGAGAGAGAGAGAGGUAGUAAUUGUCUUCACCUGAAUUCUCAAAUGGUUUUAGGAGAAAAAAUUAAUCAGCUGUCACUUUUGAAAAUUGGCCUUGUUUAAAUCAUGGAAAGAAUACGAGCAUUGAACAAAAAUUGUAUAUAUUAGCUGGAUUGCAAGUAAAAGACAUCUAGGUGUCUAAUCAAGAAUGAAUGUGCAUUGUCAAGGAGGAUGUCCCCUGCAUCCCAUUGUUUCUCUAAGUCAUACAUGGAACUGUUGGGAUGAAUAUUCCAGUUUGAUUAGAGUACAUAUCUAGGUCACCAGUUUUAUAGGAACAACUAAUACAGAACAAUUGCAUGCACAAAAGUUCCUUUUAUCAUCUGAUGCUUGUAUCCAUCUCUCACCCAAGUUGACACCCACAUUGUUGCAUGUAAUACAGAGGAUGAUCAAUUACAGUUACCAGCUACCCUUUCAUGAACAUGAAUGUGAUUCUAAUGAGUGAACUCUAAGAUGAUGCACCCUUCCCCAGACAAAAAAAACAUGCCAGCUUUUUCCUCAAUCUGCAUUAAUUCUAGUCUUGCCAUUUUCUACCAGUGCCACUCCAGUUCCUGAACUCUGGUUGACUCUGGUUUCUUAGAUGCAGAGAAAGCCUUUGAUAAUUUGAAUUGGAGCUCUAUGUUCAGAGUUUUGGAAACUCCUUGGCAUAGUAUUUCCAAUACUAUUCUUCCUUUUCCUAACCACAUAAUGUAAUUUUUUUGAUUUGGAAAUGCAGAGGAACUAAGAUUGUAAUGGUAUAAGACCUUUCUUUGCAUAAAAAUGUAUGAAAGUGCAUACUUCUUUCUACCAUCUUGACCUCCAAACUAAAAUUGGAAGACUUAUACUUUAAAUUCCACUCUGAGUUGGGAACAUCCCUAGUUGAACUAGAAAAUAUAACUUCACCACAACAUACUGUCUUAAGGGGAUAAAGUGGUAACAUAAAACAAUGGAAUGAAGCCCAAAUUCCUUCCUCCCAUAGUGGUUUUUAAAGCAGAAAUAACUGAAAUGACAAAUAUAUUUCACUGAUGUGCUACUCUGAUCAGAAUUUAUUCUUCCUAAUCAUCCCACCUCAAGAGAUUUUCCCUGUAAAAGUAUGUUACAUCAGUCUUAUCUAAUCUCCACUGAACUCCUAUAAUCUCCUAGCUAUUGCUCAGAUUGUGAAAAGCUGUCUUAGGUUACCAUUGUCUUUUCAGGCAAGUGUGAACCAAGCAAUCACACAAAUGUAAGUGUGCAUUAUGCAUUCAUCCCCUUCUCAAUAAUCUUGAGCAGAGUUACUUGGAGGCAAGCAAUAAGAUUAUUAGUUUUCAGUUUUCACCAACUGCUAUAAUAUUUGGAGUGGGAAGAUUAAUCUCCCUUUCAACAAUUUGGCUUUUCUCAAUAAUUGGAUCAAUCAUUGGAUACCUUCUUCUGAAAGAGUUCUAGUGCCUGUAGCUUCCUCCCACUUUCCCUAGCCUCCAAAGCAGCUACGUCCAAUGUUGGGAAAGGCCAAAAAGGAAGAGUUAUAAGGUUUGGACAAGAAAGGCUUUUGACUGGCUAGAUCACAGUCCCCUGACUUUCUAUCAUGGCUCCAAACAGGAAGAAAAAUCUAGAUUAUAAAAGAAAGAGAGUAUUGUACUGGGAUGAAACCAGUUUUGGGGGCAAAAUGAGAGGAUAAAGAGUUCUAUGUUUCCCCCCUUAAUUACAUUGGCCUCUUGUCAACAGAACAUUAAAGCUUAUGGAGCCUCCUAGUCAGAGCAAUCCAUAACUGGAAAUAACAUUGCAUUCAUGGAUCUGUCAGUGUAGUGCAAGUAUAACUGUAAUACAUAUUCAGGGACAUCCACAGCGUAUAGCUCAAUUGAUUUAUGUUAUCUAGAACUCUUGCUUCUCAGUCUUUUAUCCAAGAUAGAGCUGUGUAGAUAUGUUUGCAGUGCCAUGUGCAUCACAGCAUCACUCACUGGUAGAACAAAUGCUUUGCAGUCCUUGGUACUUCCAUUUUGAAUUGGGACAGACAGUUCGACAGUUCCAGGCGAGGUGUACUCAAGAUGUGACUCAGGAGGCAGCAGUCUAUGUCUCUGACCCAUUCAGAGCAUAGUCACAUUGUUUUGAGUUGGAUGGCCUUAUAAAUCUUAUAUAAAUAAAUAAAAUUGGUGUGGGCCCAAUCUUUGAGAAUCAGGGACAAAGAAGGUGGGAGUUAAGGCAGAACCUGCUUUAGGAUGUUGACCCUUUGGGCAAACCUCUUGAUGAAAUACAGGUCAACCUCUUCUAUCCUACUCCUUUUGUCCAACAGAUUUUGCACUGAUUUUCACCAUUACACUUUGAGAGAACUCUGAAAUCUGCUUUGAGUUCAGGGAGAGAGAGAGACAGCAAGAGAAGUAUAGAACGUGUGUUAGCCUUGGCAUUUUUUUUAUCUUCAAGUGAAGACCAAUUUUUCUGAUGCAGGGGGUGGGGGGAAUUGUGCAAUAAUAGCAGCACCUGCUGAGGAAGGGCAGCCAUUUCUUGCUGUGAUUCUUGGGAUGCCUGACCUAAUCCAAGAAGAGAAAAGGAAGACACUGUUUUUAAAUGAAAAAAGAGCAUGCAUUACUCCUUUCCUGUUUACAUAUUUCAGAGGCCAUUAGGGCCUUUGGAUAGGUGCCAAGGAGAUCCAUAGAAACUGGUGGAGUGAUUCUGGUGGAACAUAAGCUAGUAAUUCUAUUUACACUGGAAGACAAUUUGAAUAGCAUCUUGCCAUGCAUGUUUCACAUGUGAUGGACUUUUAUUUUAUUGACAGCCAGUGUGAUCGACUUGGGAACCUUUUGUGACAAAAGUGUACAUUGCUUGGUUUUCAUACCAGGAGGCUUGACUGCCAUUGCAAAUGUUGCAAGCUGAGCUUUCUUCCAAGACAGGACUGCCAGAGCUUGAUUUCUAAAACAGUGAGAUACAGUGGGGAGGAGUUCUGACGUCUGGGCAGACCAAUGGCUUUUGGUACUGUAGUCUGUAAUAAACAUAGGUCCACUUUGAUGCAAUUCAUAUUCACUGUCUGGUCUCAUGGAUGAUAGAUGAGUUUGUAGCCAAAGGAGGACGUUCAGCAUCCACAUUCUGGAACAGGAAAUAUCUUCACCCACUUGGCAUACUUAGGAAAGAUCUGAUGCCCAAAUUUAAAUCCCAGAGGAUCUCAGAAAGUUCAGCUAGACUCUUCUUUGUUGAGUCUCUUUCCAACCAACUUAGGAAUUUUCUCUAAUGGCAUAUUUGCAUCUUGGAUAUGCUUUCUAUUAAAAAUGGAAAGAAGAGAUUGUUGGGGGUGGUGGGAGGCCUUCUGUCUUUUGUUGUAUCCAUUUUUUGUCAUCUUUUAUUUUCUUUUUGACAUUUAUAUGCUGGUCUAGGACUGUAAUAAAUAUUUGAUUUGA